UCUCUCUCUCUCUCUCUCUCUCUCUCUCUCUCUCUCUCACACACACACACUGUCCUUUUCAACCGAACCGCCUUUUACUUCCCCCCAUCUUUUUCAACCACCGUUGUCUUCUCCAGACUUGAAUUGAAUUCCACUGUUCUAAUCGUUCCAUUAUUCUCCAGAUCUGUGUCGAUUUGAUUACUUUGCAGAUCCCCAAGAACCAAGCCCGUUAACAAUGGCGAAACUGCUGCAACUCUCACUCACCAUUCUCUUCGCACUCCUUUUAGUCCAACACACUCUAUGCGCAGAUCCACCAGAAUUCUCACCCACACCUCCCCCGCAACUCGGUGCCGGAUCGCACUCUCUGCCUCCAGACGCCUCUCCUUCUCAUUCUCCUUCUCCAGCUGUCAGUUCUCCUCCUGCGCCUCCGCCGUCAGGUCUCACUCCGGCUCAUUCUCCAGCCAAUUCUCCGUCUGAGAAAACUCCUCCUCCGGCUCCAUCAUCGGUUCCGGAAGUUGCGGGUGACAUCGGUCGGAAUGAUGUGAACGCAAAUGCUGACGGAUCUGAGAAGUCGCAUGGUGGAUUGAGUGGUGGACAGAAGGCUGGGAUAGUGAUCGGAGUCCUCGCCGCUGCGUGUAUGGUUGGGUUGGGAUGUAUACUCUACAGGAAGCGGCAGCAGAAUAUCCAGCGAUCUCAGUACGGGUACGCCGCCAGGAGAGAGAUUCUCUAGAUACAUUCAUUCUAUAUUAUACAUAUCAAUCUAUUAAUGUCAUCACAUAUAGAUUCGUAACAUUGAGAGUUUGGUGGUGCUGAUUUGUUUCAUUCUUUACUGCUAAGAGUAACAAUAAUUUUCAGUCAGAGAUCGAUCAAACAUUCAUUUUCAUUGGCUAUGUUUGAGUAUGUUUAAUUAUUUUUUUUCGGUUGGAGAACAAAAAAAAUGGAAAAAUAAAGU